AUGCCCAAGAGGUUGCCGUUGGCCGAUAUCUGGCACAAGUUUACCCAGUCUUUAUCCUCCACCGUGGUUAAGAACAUGUCCAUCGUCCUUUACGUGGCGGGUUUGAUUCAUGUGCCGCUCUUCUGGAAAUUUGUCAGUCGAGUGUUUACAUAUGCCCUUGACGGCAAGCUUCCUUUACCAGACUCCAAGAUUUCACAUGUUCUUCUAUAUGGAGCCUACAUCACCAAGGCUGCCAAUGGUGAAUACCUAGCGGGCUCACAUACGUCGUUCGGGGACAAGUUCGAAGUGUUCUUCGUCAACACGUUUUUUUCCGGAGUCGUGGACAUGUUGUUGUUCAUUGUGAUUCUUUUCGUGAUCUUCAUCGAGCAUGAGUGGGCGGUGAGAGAAGAGGGAUAUACAAAGCUGCUUUUAAGGUAUAUUGGCAAGGAGCCACGGACAAAGCUCGCCGAUCUUCUUGCACUGAUGCUUCAACAGGGAGGCGAGAACGAGGCCGCACGCGAGUUAAUGAUUAAUAGAGCACUUGAGGAUCUACAGAAUUUGCCAGAUCUUCACAGGCAUGAGGCUGUUCUACGUCGAGCAUUGAACAAUGGAGACCACAAUGACUUGCUCCUCAAUUUUCCUCAGCUUGCACCACGGGACGAUCCAGUACCAGACACUCAGAAUCAAGAAGCCGAUCCGGCGGCCCAAGUCGAGAAUCCACAUGGAAAUAUAGACGGGACGGGACAAGGAGAAACGGACGCAAACGGCUUCAAUCCCCAUGAGGACAGAGUUGAAGCUGGAGAAAGAGAAGAUGGAGAAAGAGAAGAUGAUGAUGGAAACAGAGAGAGACCAAGAGAAAUCAACGGGUUCCGCCGUUUAAACACGAAUGUUUACGAACUCCUUGGCGAGAAUAACGAUGGCCCAAAUUAUAGAGUUCCACAUGAAGGCGAGCCAGAGCACGCUCCUAGUGAAUUUGAACAUGCACAUCACGGCAUUGCUCAUAGACACAAUGCUGACGAUGACAGUGACAGCAUUGAGCGUGAUCCUCUCGAACAUCAUUUAAUUGAGGAACAACCGGAACAACCAGAACGACCAAGACCAAAUCUUAACGAUGCCAUCGAAGACGAAACUCCAGAAGAACUCGAAAGAAGAAGAAAUUUGGCCGAAGAUGAAAUGGCCGCUGCAGAGGCCGCUAACAACGGAGACAUCUUGGAACUUUUAGGUAUCCGUUUUAACUUGAUUACCCCAAUCCAGUUGAUGAUCUUGGCGGAUUUCGUUGUGCUAGUAUUUUUGUUCGCUGUCUACUUGAUACCUCACUUUAUGGGUAACAUGACGGCCAUGGUCAUUCUGGCGCUCUGGAUUGGUACGUAUGCUUUAUUCUUGAGACCUAUUGUGAGAUUUUUGCCUGUGAGUACAACUCGGCAGGUUCUUUUACAGAUUGUCCAUUUGGCUGAGCAAAAGCUUCCAUUUGCCACCACCGCAAUCUACAUCUUGCAAGAAAAGAUCAUCAGUCCUGUUUUCAAACUCCUAUCGGAUCUAGGUACCUUGGAUAGAGUGCAACCACCUACUCUCGUUGAACGUGUCAUUUUCUUGUCAAUUGGCUACUCGUUGGUUUGUGCAGCAGUUUACCUGCUCAUGUCGACUUUAGUAGCUGGACAAAAACCUAUAAUGGGCACGGCUAGAAGAAUAUUUAAGGUUCUUUUCGAAAUCGUGGCUACAGCGAAAGUCUUUACCAUUUUUGCCAUUGAGAUCGUUAUUUUCCCAGUAUUCUGUGGUUGGCUUCUUGACUUUUGUGUUACUCCACUAUUGGUGGACAACUUAUAUGUUCAAACUGAAAAGGGUGAGUCUCUCGUGCUCUUUUUCACAGCGAAUCAGGACUUUUCAAACUUGCAAUAUUUUCAAUCGGUGAAGUGGCUCUGGAACCCUUACAUUCGGCCACUUCUAUUCUGGGUGGCUGGUACAAGUUACAUGUUUUUCAUUGCCAUGUUUGUUGGAAUGGUGAGAAAUCACAUUUUGCGCCCCGGCGUCCUCUAUUUCAUCAAGAGUCCCGAGGACCCCAAUGCUCGGCUAAUUCACGAUGCCAUCGUGAAGCCAUUUCUUUUGCAGACACUGAGAAUCUUUUUGAGCGCAAAGGUCUAUACUGCCUUUAUUAUUGGAGGUAUAGGAUCUGUCACCUGGGGUCUCAGAUUUUUGGUGAACCCUCCAGUAUCUACAGGCAAGGCUGGUGCCCUCUUGCCAAUCAAAUUCACAGGAAUGAUGAGCAUUUUGCAAGCUUUGAUCACUGUGUUGUUGCUUAUCAAAGCAAAGCCGUUAAUUGCAAAGUUUUGCAAAUUAUUCUGGACCCGUGCUUUCGCGGCCAUGUGUCACAAGUUGAGAUUAUCCCACUUCAUAUUGGGCAAUCCCUUAGCACAAGAAAGAGGGUCUAUCGUUUACAGAAAUUUCUUGUACAGUGUCUUAGGGCUUGAAGCGCCUGACUAUACGCGUCCAGUGACCUACUCAGAGGCGUUGGAGAUCUUCAAAACCGACGACUCUGUUACCGCUUUAUUUGUUCCUGAUGGAUUCUAUGUUCGUGCUCCAUCCACUGAUGAUAAUUCUCGAAAGUUCCUCAGGGGAUUGUUUGUUCCUGUUACCAAAUCUGACCAAUUGUUACAGCCUGCUCCCGAAGUUGCCGCCGAUGAAGAAACUGACUGGUGGGACGCAGAUAUCGUGUAUGAAGAUUCAUACACAGUGGUGUACCAGCCACCAAAGUUGAAGCUCAGGAGCAUUGCAUUAGUCUCCAUGAUUUGCGUUUUUGGUGCUCUCCUUAUUGUCACCUCUGCCAUUUUGGCUAUUUUGUUGGGACGUCCUAUCAAUCGUGCUUUCAUGAUUAUUUUGGAUUUCGUUUAUAAAAGGUUGGGAAGUGAAGCGGCAUUACCAUCGACAAAUACUGACUGGUCAUUCAUUGAUAUUAACUCUUUGACUAUGGGUAUACAGUUGGAGUUGGUUAUUUUACUCUUCAUAGACAACAAGAUCGAAGGGGAAAACGCCAUCAACUUAGGUGGUGAUCAACAAAGACGGUUAUUUGUGCCACCAGUGAACUUCCGUGCGGGCUUUUUCAGAUUCCCUAUCGUCUUCAUCUCUAGCCUUGCUCCAGCACUCCUCGGAGUUCACCUACACUUGAAUUAUUUGACCGCCAUCGAGAAAUACUACUUUGGCACCGCAACCAUCCAAAUCUCCGGUGAUUCAUACAACUUUAAUUACACCUGGCACGGUGUGUUACUCCAUCUUAUCUUGGCCCCAUGGACACUUUUGCCCUGGCUUGAGUGUUUGUCAGUUGGUCAGUCGUUUGAGAAGCCGAAGUCAAUAAUAUUUCGGACUGUGGGCAGCGCUGUGUUCGUUGGACUCCAUCGUCUAUUUGUCUUCGCACAGCAAAGUGCCGGUCAGCCAGUCAGCGAAGUUGAUGAUAUUCGACUCCGCAUCUUCACGUUAGUGAUGAUAAUAUUCACCCGAGGAGCAAUUAGUGCACGCCAGUUUGUGGCCAACAUCACGGAGCAGAUUAAGAAUGAGAAGUAUGUGAAGGGCUCAGCUAUCGAGAAUAUUGACGGAGAUGACUAG